AUUGUUGCCUCGUAAACUGAUAUGGAACGUAAAAUUGAAAUUUAUAAAUUUUCAAAUCGAACACGACAACUAUUUGUUCGGUUAUUAGCUCUAGUAAAAUGGGCUAAUAGUGCUUCAAAAGUAGAUAAAUCUACUCAAAUAAUGGGAUUUCUUGAUAAGCAGUCUUUGUUAUUUAUAGACACUGCUGAUAUGUUAUCUCGAGUUGCUCGGGAAACUGUUGUUUCUGCUCGAUUGCCCAAUUUUCAUAUACCAUCUGCAGUUGAAGUUUUAACCACAGGCACUUUUUCACGGUUACCGGCUUGUAUUCGUGAACGUAUCGUUCCCCCAGAUAAAAUCACACCAGCUGAAAAACGUGAGACAUUGCUCCAACUUAAUAGAGUUAUUCAACACCGAAUGGUUUGCAGUAAUUUAAUUAAUGAAAUGAGUUGCAAGAAAGUAGCCAACGGCCGAGUAACGUUUCGAGUGGAAAAUGAGUUUCAAGUUUCUUUAACAUUAAUGGGAGACAACCCUAAUAUACCAUGGCGAUUAUUAGACAUUGAAAUAUUGGUCGAAGACAAAGAAACUGGAGAAGGAAAACCUUUGGUACAUCCACGUCAGGUGCAAUAUAUUCACCAAGUUGUUCAAGCAAGAUUAUUGGAAUGUUGUAGUACAGGAGGUGAACCAUUGACUCAAGUGUAUAUGGUAUUACACUAUUUUUGUCAAUCUUUGCAGUUAGAAGUACUAUUUUCACAAACCAGAGCUUUAUAUAAAGAUAGGCUAGAAGGGCAUAUACACAUAACAGAGUAUACAGCUGGCAAGUGUCUUGUAGUUUCUUAUUGGAGAGAACUUUCACGUAGUGUAUCUGAACAAUUUGGAUACUCGUUAACAAUCUAUGUAGACGAUAAGGAACCUAAUAAGCCAUUAGGUAUUUUACAUUCACCAUCACUUGGUACAAAAGAUGCAGAGAUAACAGAAAAAUCAAUUGGUACAGAUUCAUUGUCAAUGGAAAGACUAUUAGUGCAUACAAUUCAUGUACGUACAAAAAUUCGUCUCUCUGAACUUAAAGUAGAAUUAGAAAAUUUGUUAAAAGAUGUAGAAUGUACUUUGCAAGGUUCACCGUCUAUUUUAUCGGUCGCAAUACUUAAUCCUUGUUUACGUGCUGAACAGUUAUUGAUAACUGUCGACACACAUACUGGUAUGCUUCAAUGCCAUGUUCCUGAGUUCAGUCCUCCAAGUAUGGUUGCAUUACAACAAGCACUGAAUAAUGAGCAUAGUAAAGUACCUUUACUUAUAAGUGAUUUAAGAUUUUGGAUUACUCAGCGUCGGUGUGAAACAACUUUGCAACAUCUUCCUGGAACGGCUUAUGAAAGAUUACCAUUAUUACAUCAUGCAGAUCAUCCUAUGUCAAAAAUAAGUCGACAUCGGAUGUAUAUAAAACUGCAUAAAAUUUCAAAUAUGAUAGUGAUUGUUGAGUUUGCUGAAAAUGAAAAAUCCCCUUGUAGAAUCGAGUAUAAAUUUUAUCUAGCUAAUGUGAAAAAAUCAUCGAUUGAAGAUAAUCCUAAUGAUGAAUCUAUUGAGGUAGACAUACCAAAAAUGUACCUAAAAGUUAUGACAUUAUUGACAAUAGAAAAAUUUGUCGCUACACAUGGUCCUUUUACAGCUGUUAUUGAAGAAGAUCAAGAAAAAAUGGAUCCCAAUAGUCGUAAAAGAGUUAUUGUACGUCCAGAUAAACCAAGGAAAUUACUUAAACAUCCAGCUUACUUUAUACCCGAACUUGCUCAUAUUGUAGCCUUGUGCGACGAAAGACUGCCAUUUACUGUACUAGCUCAAGAAUUGACAAAAUGUGGCAUCAGUAAUCAAGGUGUUCAAGUUGAAGCAAAUGCUACAACUUUUGUUUUAAAAAUUUUAUCAUUACCACCUCCAUCUGGUAUUGAAGCAUCAAAUCCUAAAUGGAUAUCAUUAUGCAAGCGAGUUCUGUCCAUUUCUAUACGGGUAUAUGGUAAAGGCUCAACUCGAUGUUGGACGACUGAAUAUGUGUUUUAUGGAAGUCCCUUACCCAGUAGACAUAGUCGAGAACAAGGAGCUAGACGACCAGUUUACAUUAAUUAUGAUGUCAGUGUUGCUGAAAACAUGUCA